UAGCAGACAUGUGCAAAAUAACCGGAAGUGGUCGCAAAAAGUGCACUUUGCACCGACAGAACUACCCAAAGCAAAUAAGCCCAAUAUGAAACGUUGUAUAAUUUGGAAUUUGUUACGUCCUUAACCCAGUCGGGUGAUUUUACGACGCUCCCAUAUCUCCGCGCACAACGACCUUUGACCCGUCUGCGGAACGCGCGCCAGACGCCGCCUCGUAGCAUGCAGCGGGUAGUAACAGCACUCGGAAGGAGUCUCGCUUUUAAAGACGCGCUCACACGAUCGCUGAGGUUUGGGGCUCCUCGAAGAAACAUGUCGUCGUCGUCGUCUUCUUCUCAAACCAAGCGGCCGGUUUCCUUGCUGGGAACGAUGGCUUUCGGUGGUCGAGCUGACGCCGAGCAGAGUUCGCAGAUGGUGAGGACUUUCCUGGACAGGGGACACAACCGGGUGGACACGGCCAUCAUGUACAUGGACGGGAAGUCAGAGGCGAUCAUCGGGGGCAUGAAUCUCCCUAAAACAGUGAGCCUGGCGACCAAGGCCAACCCCUGGGAUGGGAAGACGCUGAAGCCAGAGAGUGUGCGCUCUCAGCUGGAAACGUCCCUUCAGAGUCUGCAGACUGAUUGUGUGGACCUUUUCUACCUCCACGCCCCUGACCACCUAAACCCGAUCCAGGACACCCUCAGGGCCUGCAAUGAACUCCACAAAGAGGGAAAAUUCAAAGAGUUUGGUCUUUCGAACUAUGCAUCGUGGGAAGUGUCUGAAAUCGCCAGCAUCUGUAGACACAACAACUGGAUUGUACCCUCUGUUUAUCAGGGGAUGUACAACGCCACCACUAGACAGGUAGAGACCGAGCUGCUUCCAUGUCUGAGAUACCAUGGAAUGAGAUUCUACGCGUACAAUCCUCUGGCAGGUGGCCUUCUGACAGGAAAGUACCAUUACCAAGAUAAAGAUGGUUCCCAGCCUGCAGGACGGUUCUUUGGCAACAGCUGGGCUGCAGCAUACAGGGACAGAUACUGGAAGCAGAGUCACUUUGAGGCAAUAGGCUUGGUACUGGAUGCCUUGGAGACAGCGUACGGCUCAGAGAAACCCUCCUUGACUUCUGCUUCCAUGCGCUGGAUGUACCACCACUCCCAACUUAAGGGGGACCUUGGUGACGGAGUCAUCAUUGGCAUGUCAAGUAUGGAGCAACUGCAGCAAAACUUGGCCGCUGCUGAGGAGGGUCCUUUGGAUGAGAGAGUGGUCGCCUCCUUCGACAAGGCUUGGGAUCUUGUAGCCCACGAGUGUCCCAACUACUUCCGCUGAAGAGCCAAAAGCUGCCCGUUCCUUCAAAUGUCUUCAAAGUUGAUAGAGAAAUCUGCUAAAGACAUUUCACUUACAUCCCUAUACCCUUUUCCUGAAAAUCACAAAUGUGUAUGAAUGAGUCGAUAGACGAGUAGAUGUUAAUGUCAACAGCACUUCAUUAUUAAUGUACAAAAUAAAACUUUGAACAUA